UGCAAUCGGAUUAUCUGUAAAAGGCCUGCAGAAGAGAUUCCCUUCGUUGUAUUAGGUUUUGACCUGGCCCUACACUAUUUAGAAAAAUCUCUGUAUUGCACUGCUGGAGGGAAGUCUCUGAACAUUCACAGCACAGAAAAACAAAUCUGACAGGGGCGGUUGGUGCCUCCUGGUAGAUUUUGUUAGACAGAACCAAGACAGCAAUUCCCUCUGUGCUUGAUCCGUCUUCGAAUCACCAGAUUCGUGUAGCAGUCACACUCACUAUGCACCUCUGCGCCAGCUUUGCAGCAUAUUUGACUAUAUACUGACUGACUGACAGUCUGUCAGAAAGGUCCGCAUCUGAUCCGGGGCAGCAGCACAGACUGGACCCGUGCUUUUUUAAAUCUCAGUAAGAGUUAACUGAAGAGUCACACAACAACCAGUGAAGAUCUGCUUGUGGUUCUUGAUUUUGUUCCAUUCCCUCCGCUGAUUCUAGUCAAGUUGAAGUCAAGCCCCCAUCAUCUCCUGCAGAUGAAGGAGGAGCGGUUUCGUGGUAUGUUCGAUGCCUUUGGCAGCCUGACCGAUUGCUCUCUGAAGUUUACGAAAGAGGGAAAGUUCCGCAAGUUUGGAUUUGUGGGCUUCAAAUCAGAAGAGGAGGCAGAUAGGGCGCUUAAACACUUUAACAAGAGCUUUGUGGACACCUCCAGGGUGACGGUGGAAUGGUGCAAGUCUUUUGGGGAUCCUACCAAGGCUAGGGCUUGGAGCAAACACACCCACCCACCCCCAACCAACAACAAGGAGCAUGAGGAGAAACAGAAGAAUAAUAAGAAGAAAAAGAAAAAACAAGAAAUUGUAACUGUUGUUGGAGAGCUAGAGCAGGACCAGGGCUUUCAGGAGUUCCUUGCUGUACACCAGAACCGAGCCCAAGGCCCCACAUGGGCCAAUGACAGCCUUCCAAAGCUGGCUGAUACCAGCACUGCAAGCGAGGAGAAGAAAAAGCCAAAAGCUACUAAAGAUGACUACCUGAACUUUGACUCCAGUGAGUCUGAAGAUCUUAGCCAAGAUGAAGACCAAGAGGAUGAGGGGAUUCAAAAUUCUGCCACAGAUACCCUGAAGACUGGGCUCUCUGACAUGGAGUAUCUGCGCUCUAAGGUGGCGAUCGUGAAUGAGCAUGAGCAUGAGGGUGAUGAUGGAGAUAUGGGGGGGUCCGCUGUCAGCCAACGCACUGACAGUGCUUAUGAACGUGGCAACAGAGAUACAGUUCAUGCCCACAAAGAGAAGGGCAAGCAUGGCAAGAUGGACAAAAAGCAAAUGGAGCCCGCUACGGAUUUUACAGUUAAGCUUCGUGGUACUCCUUUCAAUGUCAAGGAGCAACAAGUACGAGAGUUCAUGACUCCGCUGAAACCUGUUGCCAUCCGUAUUGUGAGGAACAGCAAAGGCGAUAUGACAGGCUAUGUGUAUGUAGACCUACGCUCUCAGGAGGAGGUUACAAAGGCCCUUCUCAAGAACAAAGACUACAUGGGAGGGCGCUACAUCGAGGUGUUCUGCACCAGCUCCAGCAAGAAAGCGGCUCGGCCAGGGACUACACAUGCCCAGCAGCGCAGCUUCCAGCGGGAGCUAAGGGAGGAUGAGGAAGAGGAAGAUGUGUCCGAGUCAGGCAGGCUUUUCAUCCGGAACCUGCCGUACACCUGCACCGAGCAGGAGCUGUCUGACAUCUUCACUAAGUAUGGCUCCCUGUCAGAGAUCCACUUCCCCAUUGACAGCUUGACCAAGAAACCCAAGGGCUUCGCCUUCAUCACCUACAUGAUUCCGGAGGAUGCCGUCCGUGCCCUCGCCCAAAUGGAUGGCCAUGUUUUCCAGGGCCGCAUGCUACACAUCAUGCCUUCCACUAUGAAGAAGGAGAACCCGAAUUCUGGCCCUUUGGGUCCUGACUCCUCGUACAAAAAUCAGAGGGAUGCGAAGCAAAAGGCAGCCAGUGGCAGCUCCCACAACUGGAACACGCUGUUUCUGGGCACUAGUGCAGUAGCAGAUGUCAUUGCUGAGAAGUACAACACGUCCAAAAGCCAAGUUCUCAAUCAUGAGUCUCAGGGCAGUCUGGCUGUGAGGAUGGCCCUGGGUGAGACGCAGAUUGUCCAGGAAACACGGCAGUUUCUACUGGAAAAUCAAAUCUGUCUGGACUCCUUCAGUCAGGCCUCGGGCCCCCGUAGUAAUAUGGUCCUGCUGGUGAAGAACCUUCCGGCAGGGGUCCAGGUUGCUGAGCUGGAAGCUCUCUUCUCCACUCAUGGCUCACUUGGGCGUGUACUCCUACCCCCAUCCGGACUCACUGCCAUCGUGGAGUUCCUGGAGCCUACAGAGGCGAAAAAGGCCUUUACCAGGCUAGCCUACACCAAGUUUCAGCAUGUUCCACUGUAUUUGGAAUGGGCUCCCAUGGGGGUCUUUUCGGCACCUCCACCGGACAGGGCUGAGAAGCCUUCCACAGAAGCUGACCCAGCUCCUCCAUCUCAGGACCAAAGACCUUCCCAAGAGGAGAGUAGUGAGGAUGAGGAGGAGAGUUUGCCAGGCUGCACACUCUUCAUUAAGAACCUGAACUUCCACACUAAAGAGGAGACCUUGGCGGAGGUCUUCUCCAAGUGUGGUCCUGUGAGGAGCUGUACCAUCUCCAAAAAGAAGGAUAAAACGGGUGUUCUGCUGUCCAUGGGCUAUGGCUUUGUGGAAUAUAAGACCCCCAAGGCAGCACAGAAGGCCCUGAGACAGCUUCAGCACUGCAUGGUGGAUGAGCACCAGCUGGAGCUGAAGCUUUCCGAAAGGGUCAACAGGUCUGUCCCACCAAGGUCCCGAAAGAAACAGACGGCCAAAAAGCAGACCAGCUCCAAGAUCCUGGUCCGGAACAUCCCCUUCCAGGCCACAGCUAAGGAGCUGCGAGAGCUCUUUGGGUAAGCCCCCCCGCACUUCAUUUUUUCCAUU